AUGGCGUCUCUCGACCCAACUCUGCGCAAAUGCUACAUCGUUGGUCUUGCUCUCGUGCUGCAGUAUUCUCUUUGCCCUGACCACGGAAUCUCUGUUGUGGGUAGCCACUACCAUGGACACGUCUGGAAACUGGCCCUCUCCCUUCAACGGCCCGACUUGCCAAUCCCUUCUGAGCAACGCCUCCGCAAUACCGUCGUAUGCCUUGUCUGUGUCCUCCUUGAUGUCGUGUAUCAGCUGCCUUGGGUCGCUCCCCAGGUACGCGCCUCUGACCAGUUUGACGCCCAGUACGAACCCCUUCUUCUUGGCUUCCUGUAGAUGUUGACUCAACGUUUCGGGAGUCGACUUAAGAUAAGCCUGAUAUGUCCCAUACACCACCGGCUGGAUUCUGUUGUACCUCUCCAUAAACUCCACCGUCCACUUGUCAAUUCCUCCCUGAACGGCGGCUUGCUCAGCGUCGAAUAGCAACCUGACACCCCUUGACUGGGCCAAUACACAUAUGCUCUCGAUCGCCUUUUUCAGCUGUGGUGAGGGAUCCGCCCCUUGCCGUAGACACUGCAAUGCCAGCACGCCCGCCCCGGUAAACUUGAGCGCCACAUAAUCCCCCCUGUUGGCCAGUAGCACAGUCAUGAGCGUCCCCUGAGCCCAGCUGUCAAUCUCCUCCAUGUCGACCUUGGUCUCUUCCGCAACAUGCUUUGGCAAAGAACCCGUUCCCUCCUGUCCAUGCGGGGUGACGACCUCUUUGGCAUAGCCCAAAAUCACCCCUUCAAACCCCACGUCUUUGAGGCCCUUGAUCGUCCUGGCUACCUCGGCAGGCUGCUCGCCGGCGCAGAAUUGGGCAUAAAACGUCUUCUUCAGCAGAGCUCGCAACAGUGGGUUUGAGUCAGGGUUGAGAACGGGGUUGGUUGUAUGGGCCAGCAUGGACAUGAUGGCCAGUGAGGGAGGUAAGAGGAAUGGCGACGAGGAUAUCGUGGCCGUCAUCCAUGACCUGAACACGGUGACCAGAGGUAAGACUGAGAGAGGCGCCGGGUUUGGUGGCCCCAUACCGGCGCCUUGUGGUUGGUGGUGAUGUUGAUGAUUGGGGAGCAGUGAUGGCGAUGGUACUCCUGAUAGUGUCAGGUUGCUGGAUGGUGACGAUUGUGUAGAGGAGUAGUGUAGUGAUCGAGUUGAUGUGGAUGAUGACUCUCUGGAAGGAAUUAGUAUGAUGUUGUGGCGGCCGCACCGCACAAGGAAACCUGCUUGUCCGCUGGAGUUGAUUGCAGCAAUCGCCCGUCUCUUGGACGUGCUCCAGGGCAGAAGCAUGCCAGGCAAAGGCCUGGGGAGCGAUGCCAUGGUCACUGGCCUGCUAAGAGAUGCUCUGGCUGAGAGGUCGCGAGCAAGAUGGUCUCAAUGACGCAGGCAGCAAAAAGCACCAGCAAGUUGAGAUGAAAUCCAAAGUCAAUUGAUGGCCAGGUUACGCUACGUCCACCUUAUAUCAGAGACAAGCUCCCCGGUAUCGCAUAUGCAGUGACGCAGUCCGGCCAGGUUUCCAUUGAGCUUUGAUAGUGGUUCAUUCCAGAGCUGACCAAUCCCCUCUGAUACCCCUCGAAGCUGCUGCACUCGCUGAUUUGCCGUUCGAUCUCGGACGCCUCCUUUCUCAAGCUUUCCGUUCGCUGCAGGCCAUGAUGUUAUCGUCGGUCCCUUAUCAACCGGCGGCCCCCCACACUCCCUGCCAAAGGCCGCCAGUAGCCGCAAAUGCGGGCGAGUGUGGGGAAAGGGACCACUGCCGUCAUCGACGAAUUGGCCCCGCCCCUCUGCUCCCACGCGGGUCUCGAUUCAUUCCAGUCGAGCUGCCAGUCCUGCCAAGCUCCCUAGCGCUCCUGAAUGCCCCUGUGAACGGCUUUCCAUGGCCCCUGGACAGUCCCGACUCCUUCACCGCGGACGUCGCAAGCAGCGCCAUCCCCAUGACAUAGCCCACGCCAGCGGCUUCGGAGAGCGGUUGCUAUCGGCGCUCAUAGAAGACGUCAAUUCUAAUUAUCCGAUCCAGUGACCAGCCGCGCCAAUUGAGGAGGCUGACUGGGUCAUGUGGUUUCGUGGUGCGCCGUGACCAUGCAGCUGGGUGAUCCUUUCCCCGACAAGGGCCGAAGCGGAAGUACACAGCUCGUGGUGCG